UAGCAUUACAUUCUUGUAGGCGACAGCAGAACUUGAGGACAGACCUUUUCACAGAGUGAUUCUACAGACAAACUAAUAGUGUUAGGCUUAGAGAAUGUGUAAAGGGUUUGCAGUCUUACAGCAAACAUGUCUUGAGAGGGCUAAACAUAUCAAGGUGAAGUUUGGUACCCUGCUCCAGAGGCCAGACCAUGAACACACUGAGAACGUCAUCCCCUUUCAGAAGAAACCUGAGAACGCCAUCCCUCUUCCACAGAAACCUGAGAACGCCAUCCCUCUUCCACAGAAACCUGAGAGAUGUCUGGAGACGCCUCCAAAGUAUGACAGACCAUCAAGAGCGGAAGCAUCGCAGUGGGGGAAGGCCCUGGACAAUGUACUGACCAACAACUAUGGUCUGGCUACUUUCAGGGACUUCCUGAGGUCAGAGUUCAGCGAGGAGAACAUUGAGUUCUGGGUAGCCUGUGAGGACUACAAGAGGACCAGAGAAACAAGCAAAAUGGCAGCCAAGGCUAAGAGGAUUUAUAAGGAGUUUAUACAGACCGGGGCCCAUUGGGAGGUGAACAUUGACCACAUCACCAAGGACGUAACAGUAAGGAACUUGGGCCGACUGACUCCUAUGACCUUUGACCUAGCCCAGAGACAGGUCUUUGCCCUCAUGGAGAAAGAUUCAUACAGGAGGUUCCUCAAAUCCAACCAAUACCGGGAGAUUAUAAAGUAGAAACACUGAUUGGCUAGAGUCGUGUCAUCAGACUGAUUGGUUGGUUGGUUGAUUGAUUGACUUGAUUUAUCAAUCAUGUCAUCGGACUGAUUGGAGGGUUCGUUGGGUAAAUGACUGAUUUAUUGAUUGGUCUGUUAGUCAUUUUUUGGAAUCUGAUAUUUAAAUUACAGACUACCACAUAUUUACCUGAACCAUUAUUCAACUGAUACAGUAUCUAAAGGAAAUAAAUAUUACACGCAAAACACAUUUUUUUAAGUCUUAAUUUUAGCACUGCAAUGUAUAAAUGAAUACUUCAGAAAUAUGACGAAGAGUGUGUGUGUGGUUUGAGGAAGGAUGGGGAGACAAUGCAGUGACAACACAAGUUAACCACUAUUCACAUAACUAACUAUGCACACCACCAACAGAUGAUAUAGUGAGUACAUCAGAGCUUUACCUGACAUGCAUGACACACCUCUGAAAAUAGAAAGUGUUUUCAUUCAUUCAAUUCAUUCAAUCUGCAAUAAAAAAAAAACAUGUCAAGCUA